ACGGUGAUUAAAAAACAAAAUAAACGUCGGUUCUCGCGGAAUGCUGUUGUUACUCUAGUUGAUCGAUUGUCGGAAAAAACAAGCUAAGCAUGGCGGAUGCAGCAGCUCGCUCGCAACAAUAUGAGUAUAAGGCAAACUCUAAUCUUGUGCUAGUUGCGGACACUAGACUGAUCGAGAGACGAGCUCGAGAUGAAGCCACGGGUGAAGUGUGCUCCCUCGUGGGAAAACUGGAUGGUACAAAAAUGGGAGACCGUUACGAGCGGAACCGACCCAAGGACAGUAGCAAUGACGAUGUCAAGAAAAAACGAGGGGGCUCCAUUAAGAAACGAACUGGCGACCUCUCACUUCCUGCUGCUAGUGGCGCUCGAGGGGGCCAGAAAGGACAUCAUGCGCCCCUUAGCUCUGUGCUGCAUGAAUCCACAGAUGAUAUGACUGGAAUCGAGUACAGACCAAAAACGACGGAAACACGACAGACAUAUGAAGUGUUGCUUAGCUUCCUACAGGAUAUGCUUGGUGAUAAUCCUAGGGAAUUGCUAUGCGGAGCAGCAGAUGAAGUCCUGAGGACGCUUAAAUCAGAUCGCGUUAAAGAAACUGAACGUCGUAAGGAGUUGCAGGAGUUACUAGGAGCUAUUGCCGAUGAAAGAUAUGCUGUACUCGUCAACCUCUGUAAGAAGAUGACAGACUACUCCGCCAGCAUUGGGCAAGGUGAAGAAGACACAGCUGCUGACAUCGACGAGACAUACGGAGUUAACGUUGAGUUUGACAGGUCGGACGAUGAAGAGUCCGGUGAGGAGAUGUUAAAUACGGUUGAUGAAACAUUGAGUGAUGACGCUGAAGGAGAAGAUAACCUCUCUGGGGCCACGCUGCUCGCGUCUAACUCUGAUGGCAAGAAAAAUCGGGACAAGUCUCAGCAGCAGAGCAACACAAAGAAUGCUAAGGGUGCUUCGUCGGGAGGUAGUGAGCCUCUUCAUGCUCGGAAUAUCGAUGCAUACUGGUUGCAACGCCGGCUCUCCAAGGCCUAUGACGAUCCCGUGGCCGCCCAGGCAAAGGCCGAGGAAGUACUUGCCAUUCUCAAAACGGCAGCCGAAGAGCGUGACCUCGAAAACAGACUUGUCCUCCUGCUAGGCUUCAGACAAUUUGAAUUGAUUCGACAAUUACGUGAGCAUCGCAAUCUAGUUCUCUAUUGCACCCUUUUAUCGCAAGCUCAAAGUAAACAACAGCGGCAGAAACUCCGAGAUCGGAUGAAAGCUGACUCCGAAUUAGCUAAAAUCCUAGUGCAGCUCGAGGCAGCGGAAGAUCCAGAUCCAGGCAUUACGGCUGUUGGUAGCAGCGUUAACGAGACACGUGGACGGAAGCGGCCCUUAGAGGACGAUUCUGGUGGCGGCGGUGAUGGAUUCGGCAGCAGCCAUGGGGAUUUGGAUGGUGAAGAUAAUGAAGACGAAAGUCGCCAGCAGCAGCAUCAUCAAGAGCAAAAUCUACAGCUCUCAAACUGUCAGACUCUUGAUUUGGAAGAUUUGGCAUUUGCACAGGGCUCACAUUUCAUGUCAAAUAAACGAUGCCAGUUGCCUGAUGGUUCGCUUCGACGGACGCACAAAGGGUACGAAGAGAUUCAUGUACCGGCUUUGAAACCGCGUCCGUUCGCCGAAGAUGAGAAGCUGAUUCCAAUUGAUACGCUACCGACCUGGGCGCAACCGGCUUUCGAUAAAUUUAAAUCUCUUAAUCGGAUUCAAUCUCGAUUAAAGGAUGCCACGUUAAAUACAGAUCAAAACAUUCUCGUUUGCGCUCCGACAGGAGCUGGAAAGACAAACGUUGCCCUGCUUUGCAUGUUGCGGGAAAUAGGAAAGCAUAUUAAUCCGGAUGGUAUCAUUAAUGGCGAUGCUUUCAAAAUCGUUUACAUCGCCCCGAUGCGAUCUCUUGUACAAGAGAUGGUCGGUAGUUUUUCGAAGCGUCUCGAAAAGUACGGUCUUAUAGUAUCUGAGCUGACUGGCGAUCAUCAGCUGACACGAGAACAGAUCAACGCGACCCAGGUGAUUGUUUGCACACCGGAAAAAUGGGACAUUAUCACCCGUAAAGGCGGAGAUCGAACCUACACUCAGUUGGUUCGUCUGGUGAUUUUCGAUGAGAUUCAUCUUUUGCAUGACGACCGUGGUCCCGUGCUGGAGGCACUCGUGGCUCGAGCAAUCCGCAACAUGGAGACGACGCAAGAAGAAGUGCGUCUUGUGGGUUUGUCGGCAACUCUGCCAAAUUACAAAGACGUCGCAACGUUCCUACGUGUUGAUUCACGACAGGGACUUUUCUACUUUGACAACUCGUUCCGACCCGUGCCCCUAGAACAAAAAUUCAUUGGUAUCACCGAGAAGAAGGUUCUCAAAAGAUUUGAAAUUAUGAAUGAAAUCCUCUAUGAGAAGGUUUUAGCCAACGCUGGCAAAAGUCAGGUGAUGGUCUUUGUGCAUUCACGCAAAGAGACGGCAAAGACAGCUAAAGCUAUUCGAGACAUGUGCUUAGAAAAGGAUACUUUGGGCAUGUUUUUGAGGGAAGGUUCUGCUAGUACCGAAGUACUGAGAAGUGAAGCGGAACAGGUAAAGAAUGCUGAACUAAAGGAUUUGCUCCCUUACGGAUUUGGAAUACAUCACGCCGGAAUGUCGCGCGUCGAUCGAACCCUGGUGGAAGAUUUAUUCGCCGAUCGUCACCUACAGGUACUCGUGUGCACAGCAACACUUGCCUGGGGUGUGAAUCUGCCAGCGCACACCGUCAUUAUUAAGGGUACCCAGGUAUAUAGUCCCGAGAAGGGACGCUGGACAGAACUAGGCGCUCUUGACGUUUUGCAAAUGUUAGGUCGUGCAGGUCGACCCCAGUAUGAUACGAAGGGAGAGGGUAUUCUCAUGACAAACCAUUCCGAGUUGCAAUAUUACCUGUCCCUUCUCAAUCAGCAGCUCCCCGUCGAAUCCCAGAUGAUUAGCAAACUGCCUGAUAUCCUCAACGCCGAAGUAGUGCUCGGAAACAUUCAGACAGUGAGGGACGCUGUCAAUUGGCUCGGGUACACCUAUCUCUACGUACGAAUGAUGCGAGCACCUCAAGUAUAUGGCAUUACGUCGGAAAUGGUUGCGGAAGAUCCGCUUCUUGAGAAAUUUCGUGCAAACCUGAUCUUCACAGCUGCUAUCGCCUUGGAUAAGGCUCAGUUGUGCCGCUUUGAUAAACGAACUGGUCAAUUACAAAUCACAGAGCUCGGUCGCAUUGCAUCCUACUAUUACUGCGCACAUGACACAAUUGCUACCUACAAUCAACUUCUGAAGCCCACGCUUAGCGAAAUCGAGCUCUUCCGGGUGUUCUCUCUGUCGGGGGAGUUCCGUCACAUCACUAUACGAGAAGAAGAGAAGUUGGAGCUGCACAAGCUUAUGGAACGCGUGCCUGUACCGAUCAAGGAAAGUGUGGAUGAACCUACAGCUAAAGUGAAUGUUCUUCUUCAGGCAUACAUCUCGCAGCUGAAGCUUGAACGUUUAGCGCUGAUGGCCGACAUGGUCUAUGUGACCCAGAGUGCUGCCCGCCUCAUGCGAGCCAUCCAUGAAAUCGUCUUACAUCGUGGAUGGGCUCAGCUCGCCGACAAAACUCUUGCGAUGUGCAAGAUGAUCGACCGUCGCAUGUGGCAAAGCAUGUCACCGCUUCGUCAGUUCAAAAAAUUGCCCGAUGAAGUAGUAAAGAAGAUUGAGAAGAAAAAUUUCCCAUGGGAAAGGCUGUACGAUCUUAACGUGAGUGAAAUAGGUGAGCUUUUGCGAAUGCCUAAGAUGGGUAAAACGGUCCAUCGGUACGUUCACCAUUUCCCAAAGCUCGAAUUGGUUGCCCAUAUCCAGCCGAUCACAAGAUCAUCUCUCAAGGUCGAGUUGACCAUUACACCAGACUUUCAAUGGGAUGAAAAGAUCCAUGGCACGUCGGAAGCUUUCUGGAUUCUUGUCGAAGACGUUGAUUCCGAGAGGAUUUUACACCAUGAGUAUUUUCUACUCAAACAAAAAUUCGCUCAGGACGAGCAUGUGGUGCGCUUCUUCGUUGCGCUAUUCGAGCCCCUACCACCACAAUAUUUUAUUCGGGUUGUUUCGGAUAGAUGGAUCGGUAGUGAGACCCAGCUACCUGUAUCGUUUAGACACAUGAUUUUACCUGAAAAAUAUGCGCCCCCAACGGAACUUCUCGACCUCCAACCGCUACCUGUGUCAGCCCUUCAAAACGCGCAAUUUGAAGCCUUGUAUAAGGAUACCCUAACAAACUUCAAUCCGAUUCAAACACAGGCAUUUAAUGCCAUUUACAACACAGAUGACAACGUUUUUGUUGGGGCGCCAACAGGAUCGGGCAAGACGAUCUGCGCGGAAUUCGCUAUCCUUCGUUUGUUCAAUCAACGAGAUGAAGGCCGCUGUGUGUACGUGGCUCCUCGAGAGGAGCUAGCCUUCAUUAUACUCAACGAGUGGCAAGUUAAGUUCGGCAACGAACUUGGAAAAAAAGUGGUAGCACUUACUGGUGAAACUGGAACUGAUCUAAAGCUUUUAGGUAGCGGGAAUAUCAUCAUUUCAACGCCUGAGAAAUGGGACAUCUUAUCUCGACGAUGGAAACAGCGCAGAAACGUCCAGAACGUAGAUCUGUUUAUUGUCGAUGAGCUCCACCUAAUCGGUGGCGAGGAGGGGCCGACCAUGGAAAUUAUUUGCUCCCGUAUGCGAUACAUCUCGUCGCAGCUCGAGCGGCAUAACAUACGAAUCGUGGCUCUUAGCUCAUCGUUAGCAAAUGCCCGCGAUGUGGCUCAGUGGUUGGGUGCUGGUGUUAAUGCUACAUUCAACUUCCAUCCUAACGUGCGGCCUGUCCAGCUUGAGUUGCACAUCCAGGGCUUUAACAUGACACACAACGCAAGUCGUCUGCUAGCAAUGGCCAAACCUGUAUGCCAAGGCAUCGCACGUCUUUCCCCUCGAAAGCCUGUCAUCGUAUUUGUGCCUUCACGCAAACAAUCACGUAUUACCUGCAUUGAGUUAUUGACCUAUUCAGCGGCAAACAGCGUUGACAAUAGCUUUCUGCACGUACCUGUUGAGGACCUUAAACCAUUCUUGGACCAGAUGGUCGACAAUACGCUCAAAGAGGCCAUUCAGGGUGGAGUGGCUUACCUACAUGAAGGCUUAAAGGGUUCAGACAGAGCUCUAGUCGAGCAACUAUUCGAUUCGGGUGCCAUUCAAGUAUUGGUCGUUUCCAGCUCACUGUGCUGGGCUAUCCCCUUGCAGGCCCACCUCGUUGUAAUUAUGGACACUCAGUUCUAUAAUGGAAAAAUCCAUUCGUAUGAUGACUACCCCAUUACGUCCGUUUUACAGAUGAUUGGCAGGGCGAAUCGACCUAUGGCAGAUGAUGAUGCCAAAGUACUCCUUCUGUGCCAGCAGAGCAAAAAAGAAUUUUUCAAGAAGUUCCUUUAUGAGCCAUUACCAGUCGAAAGUCAUUUAGAUCACUGCCUGCAUGACCACUUUUGUGCAGAGAUUGUAACGAAAACAAUCGAAAAUAAGCAGGACGCUGUCGAUCAGCUAACUUGGACGCUCAUGUAUCGACGCAUGACUCAAAAUCCUAAUUACUACAAUCUGCAGGGCGUCACCCAUCGGCAUCUUUCUGAUCAUUUGUCGGACUUAGUCGAACAAACUCUUUCAGAUUUAGAACAGUCAAAGUGUAUUGCUAUCGAAGACGAGAUGGACGUAUCGCCUCUAAAUUUGGGUAUGAUCGCAGCAUACUAUUACAUCAACUAUACCACAAUAGAAAUGUUCUCAGUGUCACUCAAUAAUCGCACAAAGAUCCGGGGUUUGUUGGAGAUUAUCAGUUCUGCAGCCGAAUACGAAAGCAUUCCGGUUCGACAUCGAGAAGAAAACCUGCUGAAACAAUUGUAUGAUAAGCUACCGCACAAGUUGACUGAUCCCAAGUUUUCAGAUCCGCAUGUGAAGACCAAUCUCCUGUUGCAGGCGCAUCUGUCCCGUAUUCAACUGUCAGCCGAACUGCAAUCGGAUACCGAAGUAGUCUUAACGAGGUCUGUUCGUCUGAUUCAGGCUUGCGUCGAUGUGUUGUCAUCAAAUGGGUGGUUAACCCCUGCUUUAGCAGCUAUGGAGCUAUCUCAAAUGGUCACACAGGCGAUGUGGAAUAAGGAUUCAUAUCUCAAACAAUUACCGCAUUUUGGCGCUGAUGUAAUCCGCCGGUGCAAAGAGGCUGGUGUCGAAACGGUUUUUGACGUUAUGGAACUUGAAGAUACCGAACGCAACAAGUUGCUGCAGAUGUCAUCAAGUCAGAUGGUGGACGUAGCCAAAUUUUGCAACCGUUAUCCGAAUGUAGAAAUGUCCUUCGAAGUUGUCAAUUCUGACGCAGUUCGCAGCGGAGGCACUGUCAACGUGGUGGUUCAGCUGGAACGUGAGGACGAACUUGUCGGCCCUGUUGUGGCUCCAUUGUUCCCGCAAAAACGUGAAGAGAACUGGUGGCUUGUAAUUGGCGAACCAUCAACAAAUUCUUUGAUAUCAAUCAAACGUUUCGGCCUGCAACAGAAGGCUAAGAUCAAGCUUGAUUUUGUCGCACCGUCGUCCGGCGAGCAUAGCUACGUAUUGUACUUCAUGAGUGACGCUUAUAUGGGAUGCGAUCAAGAGUAUAAAUUCAAUUUGAAGGUUGGAUUUGCUAAACGGCGCCACAGUGAUGAUGAAAGUGAUUGAGAAUAUAAUUAUUAUUGGUGUGAAAAUAAUUACGUACCGGGUAACGCGCUGCACAGGCACAAAAUUGCGAUUAAAUAUUUGUGUAAUACUGCUUCAGUACGGCAUUAUUUAAACCAUAAUUAUAUGAAAUUAGACAAAGACCAUUAGUGUGUUAUUGUAUUUCCAUUAACAUUUGUUUAUUGUGCUGGAACGUUUGUUUGAAGCACGUGUCUUAGAGGGCAGAAUAGAUGGAUAUGAAACCGUAUAUAUAUAUAUAUAAAUUACAUACAACCAAUAUGUAGACAUUGACGGCGAGUUGGAAAUGGCCACUAAUUAAUAUGAAGAAGCGGAGAUUAGAAAUAGGCCAAAGCGCACUUACGAGCGACUGUAAUAUGCAUACACUUUGGCCAACGAGGAAGAGCUAUAAACUGAUCAAACUAACAGGCUACGCAUAAAGGAAGACAUCUGAAAUAUAGUUCAUGCCAUAUUGAACUAUAUCUGCGUGUGUUUAUUAAUUUGCGUAACGUAUAUAAUAGUAGAUAAAAUUAAACUAAAUUAUAGUGAGCUAAUCUUGUUACAAGAAGAAUCACGAAUAGAUCAAGUAAAAGUAAAAUUUCACAACGAAAUGACCUUUUCGUUGUGUUUUGCCGUUCAGGCUCCAGUAUAACGGUAGCUUUGCUCCGUAUAACGGUGUUAAGAAAUAAGAUGCUUCAAGAUGGAUGUCUUCGGAUUUUUGGCGUUGGGUUGCCGCUUCUGUGGUUAACAUAAGUGUACGAGGAUGCGUUACGUUUUUGACUAGCACCUGGUUUCAUCCAUUCUUCUCAUUUAUAUAUGUAUGAUCUUUGGAUUGCGUUUUGUAAUUCAAUAGUUCCGGCUCCACAACUGUUGACAAAUCACUGUGGGAAGGAGUAAUGAGAAACUGACGCUAGUCGAACAAAUUUCUCUUAGCACUGAUCUGUAUAGCCCAAAACAUUCGAAAUAGAAUAUUUAUAGGUAUCUAAAUAUUUAAGUUGUGCGUGUGUGCUGCUGAUCACGUUAAUUGUAGAUUCAACGUAGAUACAAUGUAGACCCAUAGUUGAAAUCGAAACCAUUUUGACCCUAACAACAAAUGUAUGCUCUUCCUAUACGUAGACAUGUCUCUUUUAUAGCUUCAAAUCUAUCUUCGACCCCAUCAAUCAAGAAAGAACAAUUUCAUACGGAGAGUACAAAUCCACUACAAAGUAAUCAAAAUAAUAAACAUUACUACAUAUUGUCGCA